UUCGAGUCCUGGGGGAGUCCAACGAAAGUCCUCAGAAUACUCAAAGUCCCACGGAAGUCUUCAGGAGUCCUGAGAAAUCCCCUGAAAGUCCCACCUGACUCCUACAGGAUCCUGCAGGACCCCGUGACAGGAGUCCCGUGGGAGUUUUGCUGGGAGUCUCGACUAGGGAGACCAUAUCAUACAUACGUAAAAUCUAAAAUCUUACGCUCUAUUGGAAUCCGGAGUUUUUUUGCGACAGAAACUACAAGUUUUUGGGUUGUCUUCAUUUCUAGCAAAAGUCAAAAAAUUUUCCAAUUUGAAUCUUAACCUAACGAAGACAGACUAAGGUGCAGUUUUGGUUCAACUAAAUCGAGGUUGAUAAACUGAAUAUUUUGGCCAAUUGCCCGUUAAUCUGAGUAUUAUAUUUUAUUUAGUGGUUUUUCUUGAGAAUCUGAAAUUUCACGAAACUGUAUUCUGAAACAGAUUAUUUCGUCCGCAAAACUAUUUGUUAAGAAUAAAAAAAUAUGUCAUGUUGUGCAGUUUUUUACGCUCUUCUAACAGAAAAAAAUACAGCGAGACAGAACGAAAAAACCAUUUAACUUACACUGAGAUGGCAUCGGUCGCCUUCAGACUAAUACGCUGUGUCUUUUAGUCAAUGAAGAUGCAAGUUUUUGACGAAUUCGAAUGUUUUUACCAUUUUUUUCAAAUUUCGAUACUGGCCAUUUUUGACAGCUGUUAUUGGCAGAUAACUUUGAAGGUCACAGAGUGCAACGCACACUAAUAGCAACCGUGCUUGAUGAGUGCUACAGGAUCAUCGCAAACUAAUUAGGCGCAAUUGUUCGCUCACCCUGUCUAAAAAAUCUUUUUCUUCUUUUAUACUAAGUAGGUUUGUUCAACGAUCAGAGGUGAGGAAUCUGUUAGUAGGGUGCAGGAUAAAGUGACUUGUUAAGAAAAAAUAUUAUGAACCAAACAAACGACCGUUUUAUUUUGCGAUUCUAGAGAAAUAUAAUUCUGAUUUUGUUAUUUAAUUGUUCUAUUUUUAUGUUUUGAUUAAAUCAAAAUUUCAGGUUUCUAUUCUAAAAUAAUUCUUGUUCCUUCCGCAAACAAAAGACUUCGUUAAUUUUUUAUUGAUUAAAAUAUAUACUUUUUGUUCUAGUUUGGACAAAAAAAAUUGUUGACUGAUCUAGGUUACUGUUGUGUGAGAACUUGUGGCAGACUGAAUCACAUCUUAAUAAGAACUCGACAGUUUCUUAUGCAUUUUUUAUCAUAAAGUGAGAAAACAAUAAAGCAGUCAUGGUAGUUUGGAUUGAUUAUAUCGUAUUAGCUUGAAUAAGUAUACUAUCUAUCACCCGUGCAUGAGAAUAUUCAAAAAACUCAUAAUUUUUUAUUAUUCACAAAAUCAUAAGUACAUUUGGCAAUAUGAAAUGAAUAUUGCGGAGCGGCACCAACAACCCCGUUGACAAGCGUUCUCUAUUCAAUCUAAAAAAUAUUUCGUUCUCCAAAAAGUCAGAAACGUUCUCUUUUCAACGUAAUUGCAUUCUCUUUAAAAUAUUUUUAAAAAUAAUUUUAUCAACAGGUUUAAACUGUCAGAAGUGUAUGUGUGUGAGAGUAUGCUAAAUAUGGUGAUAAAAAUUAUAAAAAUUCAGAACCCGCAACUAGCACGGGUUUAAAAUGUUUCAAGAUCCUUUAGGAAAUAAGCAACUGUAAACAAGUUUACCAAAACCGAAUAUCGGUAAAAAAAAAUUGACGGUAAAGCUUUUUUUACCGGUUAUCGCGGUGUCAGUAAACAAAUUUACCGAUUAGCACACGCCCUUACCUAUUAAACGAGUUAUCAGAUGAUACUUGUGAUAUCUUGAAAAAAACAAAUUUGUACACAACUAUAUGCAAAAAAAAGUCCUUCUAUUGAUUAAUUUAUGUGAUGCUAAACUAUUAUUAUUAUUCCUAAUCCACUCGUUAAAACACGUUACUAUUUUAUUUUUUGUUUCUUUUGAGUGGAUAAGUUAGUUACUUAUGUUUUUCUUCUUUUUUCCUUAUCAGUUUCAUUACUUACUUCAUUUUCCACUGUCAUAGUAUUAUAAACUCAAUUUUAGACAUAUACUUCUUGCUGUUGUUAAUAUGACACAUUCACUCACAGAAAUAAAUUCAUUAACUGAAGAUGAAUUUGUUCUGUUGUUCGGUUCUAUUUAUGAAAAAACACCGUCAAUUGCUCAACAAACAUGGAUAUCUUGUCCGUUCAAGUCAUUAACCGACUUACAUGAACACAUGGUCGAUGUUGUUAAUCAUCUAUCCAAUGACGAUAAAUUAAAAUUAAUUCGUUCUCAUCCUGAUUUGGGUAGUCGAAUGAAAAUGUCAUCGGAAUCAGUCAAUGAACAAUCGAGUCUGGGUUUAGAUCGUCUUACGCCAGAUGAAUAUAAACAAUUUCAACAAAUAAAUGACGAAUAUAAACAAAAAUUUGGUAUACCAUUUAUAUGUGCCGUUAAACAUCAUAAAACAAGAGAAGCAAUAUUACGCGCAUACGAAGAACGUUUAAAACAUGAUACAAUUGAUAAAGAAAUUGAACAAGCACUGAUAGAAAUAAAUCAAAUUGCAAAAUUUCGUUUAAUGGAUUUAGUUCAGGAAUAA